UAUUGGUAACUCAUAAGGUAAACCUUCGCACUUUCAUUGCUAAAGAAUCGAUUUAAAAUUGACCUGGAUUGGAUUCUGUAAAAAGAUCUUGAAUUUUAUUAUUUUGCAGACCUUGGUAGAAAAAAAUUAACUCGCAAAAAUGACUAUGGCAAUGUUGCAACGUCGUGCUAAUGUACGUUUACCACCCGAAGUGAACAGAGUAUUGUAUAUCAGAAACCUACCAUACAAGAUUACAGCUGAAGAAAUGUACGACAUAUUUGGAAAGUAUGGAGCUAUCAGACAAAUUAGGGUAGGUAACACCGCUGAAACAAGAGGCACAGCGUUUGUCGUAUACGAAGAUAUAUUUGAUGCAAAGAAUGCAUGUGACCACUUAAGUGGCUUUAACGUAUGUAAUCGUUAUUUAGUAGUUUUAUAUUAUCAGAGUAACAAGGCAUUUAAACGAAUUGAUGUUGAUAAGAAGAUGGAAGAUCUAGAUAAAUUGAAAACAAAGUAUAAUCUAAAUGAUGAGAAAAAAUAAUGAAAUAUAGAUAUACGAUUGUAAGGUAUGUUCUUUUGUAUAAAAGAUUUGUAUAUGUAAUUCACACUUAUUAGAAUAGGCGAAUAUGGUGAAUUUUACAUUAUAUUUUAUAUGCAAUAUAUCAAUUGAAUAGAUGAAUGAAUGUAUAGUAUAAAUAUGUGUGUGUGUUAACUAAGAAUAAUACAAA